UGAUAUGUUCGUCUGCAAGAACAGGCGGUAGCCAUGGUGACGAUUUAGUAAAAUUUUCAAUGUUUCUCCACACACCACGCUUGAUCACGACAACGAUGCAACACGGUAUCGUCUCAUCUCGCUCAGACGGUAGCUCUCCGAUCGAAGAGUUGUGUUCAGAAACGGAGGGUCGGGCGGCAGGCUGUGGCAGAUUGAGCGUCAUGCUUUACAAUGCCGAGCUACCCACACGCGGAGUUGUGUCUUUGUCUUACGCCACCAAGUGAAGUGGUGUUUAAAAACCAGGAUGAAUAUUUCUUGGGUUUGUGUAUCAUGCAAUACGUGACCUCUGGAUAACCCGCGGAUCCCAUUGGCCGUGAUGGUGGGAACAGUUAUGUUUUAUUAAAAGCCGCAACCAUACAGGUUGAGCAUGUAAGACAGCCUUUCUUGUAGCCGUUGUCAAUGAAUGGAAUGCCGCUACUUGUAUGGCAGUAGCAGACGACUUGAGCAGAAGCAGACGACUCUACUUCAAGUUCUGUUUGGGGAUCAGUAGCUCCAGAGAUGGCGUGGGGCUACCAAAGAUGCAGAGGGGAGGAGAAAGUUGAAAGCCCUUAUGGCAAAGUAUGAUAAUCACCCAUGCAACUUUAAUCAUGAGUGCGUAUGUUCGAGGAGGCAAGGAUAUUCAGCGUUUCAUAGUGGACGAGGACGAUGUCGGGAACACCCCUCUCAAAGUCCGCAGACAGUCGUUGACUGAUGACGAGGAGAUUGUUCUUAACGUGGGGGGCGUGCGGCACGAAACGCACGCGUCCACCCUGCAGACCGUGCCCAACACGCGCCUGUCACGUCUGGCGGAGAACCACCUGUUGGGUGACGGGAAGGAGGAAUACUUCUUUGACCGCCACCCCGCCGUGUUUAAUUCUAUCAUCGACUUCUACAGGACAGGUGAGCUGCACGUGCCCCUGGAGGUGUGUGGAGCUGUGGUGAAGCGCGAGCUGGACUUCUGGCAGAUGAACGAACAUGAAAUCAAAGCCUGCUGUUGGCGCCAUUACCGCUCCUACAUAGAGAACCAGCGGAUCCUUGACUCGUUUGACACCUCGCUCCAGAAGGAAAGCUUCACUGUCGACCUGGAUCUAUUGUCAGGAUGGAAGUAUUGGCAGACCAAGAUCUGGCUGAUUCUGGACCACCCGAGGACCUCCCGUCUGGCAAUGAUGUACGGCAUCACGUCCUUCCUGUUCGUUGUUCUGUCCAUCGCCGGCUUUUGUUUGGAGACGUUGCCGUCGUUGAGGAAAGCGAACAACGUGACGACCAAAUGUGACGGCGUUGACCGCAUAUCCAGCGUCGUCACCUCACACGAGGCUCUCAACAUCAUCGACUUGAUCUGUACCGUCUUCUUUACACUGGAGCUGAUAUUAAGAUUUACGGUAGCCCCGAAUAAACUGAACUUCGUACGUUCGCCAAUGAACAUAAUUGACCUUCUGGCUUUGAUUCCUCUCUACGUUCAGAUUAUAUUCGAAAAAUCGGAUCAAAAAGCCUGUUACCUCAACGAAAGACUUGUGAUUGAGAUUAUGUUCAUCCUCAGGAUCAUCCGGAUGUUCCGCAUCUUCCAUCUUGUGAAGCAUUACCAGGCGCUGAAGGUGCUGGUGUAUGCACUGAAGGCGAGUCUCCAGGAGUUGAUGAUGCUCUUCAUCUUCCUCAUGAUCGGGAUGCUUGUGUUCGCCACCAUGAUCUACUACACAGAGAGGAAAGACGCCACGAACCCCAGUGACACCUUCAACACAAUUCCCGUCGGCUUCUGGUGGGCCAUCAUCACCAUGACAACAGUAGGAUACGGCGAUAUCUAUCCACGGACUCCAAUCGGAUACAUUGUUGGAACAGCCUGCUCUGUUUGUGGUGUACUGCUUGUGGCCUUGACCUUUCCAGUAAUUUCCAAUAACUUCAGUCUGUUUUAUACUCACGUCAGGUCCCGAUCGCAAGCACCAAGACGCGUGGAAGCAGAAUCUAAGGACCCACUUAUACCCCUUACACAGAUGCCUAACUAUUCUGCAACUGAUCGUCCCCCUUCGGUAGCGUCAACUGUGGUAGAGCCGUACAUGAACGGUCACGCUCGAGACAAAGACAGUGAUAAGACAAGCCCGAUUCUUGUCUCCAGAAUGUCACAAAACGGGUCCAUCAGCGACGUGAUUAUGAAGAAUAUAGAUUCCUCGUAUAGCCUACAUCAGAAUGGUUCCAUGAAAACACGCUCAGACGACGGAGGAUCGUGUCAAGGGGAGACGCACGUAUGACGCGCUUGUACGUCAGCCGUGACGCCCUUGUGUGUCAGCCGUGACGCCCUUGUGUGUCAGCCGUGACGCGCUGGUGUGUCAGCCGUGACGCGCAGGUGUGUCAGCCGUGACGUGCAGGUAUGUCAGCCGUGACGCCCUCGUGUGUCAGCCGUGACGCGAUGGUGUGUCAGCCGUGACACCCUGUGUGUCAGCUGUGACGCGCUGGUGUGUCACCAGUGACGCUGGUUGGAAUUCUUGUGAUAUGGAGAAGUAAGAAAACCGUUUCCCUAUUCAUAGUGGCAUCUCAACCUAGUGCUCAAGCCUGUAGGAACAACGCUGAGAAUUGUCCACAUUCCGGCAGCUGUGUGACAACAAACACUGUUGCCUACUUUUUCCACUUUUCUUCUGUGAUUUAUAUGUGAAUUUGAUGCUUUCUGCAGGGCGGAAGGCAAAAGCUAGUUGGCUGUACAGAGCUGUCUCAGUACGGGAUAUUUCCGUAUCUUCCAUCGAUACUACUUCAUGGGUUAGCAUUAACUGCCUUCCUCCAACACCCGUGAAUGUAGACUGUAUUUUUUUUAACAGCCAAUCAAGGAAAAGCUUGGUUCCAGUGAACCAUGUGCUGUUGAGAGUUCACGCCAAUGAGCGCUCGGAUUACAUAGGCAGUAUUUUCCCUUGCAACGUGCUUCUAAUUUUGAAUGGGUAAUAAAAUGACACUUGACAAGAAAUGACAAGAAAUGAGCACAACUCUGUUCAUGACCUUUCUUUAAACCCUAACGCUGCCUGAUAUUGAACAGAGCAGAGGUUGCAAGGCCAUAGUGCACAUUGGAAAUCAAAUAUUGCCUUCAUGAGCUGAACGCUGAUUGGCCUGGCGUACGCUGGCUUUCCUUUCACUGAAAGGGGUUACUUGAUUGGUUGGUUAAAAAUAGAAUUUGAUCCCCACAGCGACUUUACACCUUCAGUGGUGCUGGAGGAAGCAGUGCAAACAAACCCGUGAUGGGCGUGUUCAUGUUCUCAGAUAACUCGUUCCCUCACUACUCAUUCCUCAGAUUAGACCGAUCUGAUGCAACAUUUUUCAUGAAAGGCGCUUUCCUUAAUACAGCCCCUAAGCAAUAACAGUCCAGCAGAUACACCCAGUCAGCACCAGUUUAGCAAUAACACUGGAGUUAACGUUUAGAAAUAACUUGAUUAAAGCGAAACCCAGAGCACCAUAAACCACAGAAUUAUUUACAAUUCUUUAGACUAUUUGACGCCGUUUUAGUGUAAAAUCCCCGUUAUCAUUAACUCAUUAUAUAUGAAUGAAUGGUUCUUAUAAAUCUAAAGAAGUUUUCACCUUAGAUGUUGGGAUAUUAUAAUUAAGACUGUGAAAACCUAGAUUUUGUGAUAUCAACAGAGUUACUGAUAUUUUAAAAUAGUUGUGCCCUAUAUUUACAAUCAAAUUUGUAAUAUCUCAAUUUUUCGCAAAUAUGUUAAAUAAUUUGUGAUAUGGUCACAUGUCUUACUGGUUUGACAAAAUACAGAAUAGGCACUUUAAUGGCGCUUCGUGGUAAACAUUUUAUGAGGUGAGGUG